GCCGGCCGGCUGACCACGCUGCCCGUGAGCUAUCGGGUAGCGAGCCUUAAAGCUUACGUGACAGCUCGGUUUGCUGUGUGUUCUCUGCGCGGUCGGCCCGGCGAACUUCCUCUGGUUCCUGAUGAUGGAUGUAUCGCAAGUUGCCGCAGCCGUGGCGCUGAUGGCGUUCGCGGUCGCGUUUCCGGCGUCGGCCUUCCCGUCCGGCUUCCCGCCUGGGACGCCACCAGCGUUCCCGAAUCCGUGGGCGGCGUUCCAGAACCUGUCUGGCUGUCACAUGGGGGAGGAGCGGCAGGGCUUGGCCGGGCUCAAGGACUACCUCAGCCACUUCGGCUACCUCCCGCCGCCGCCGCCGUCGUCCCCCUUCAGCGACGCGUUCGACCAGAACCUGGAGGCGGCCAUCGCGACGUACCAGCGCAACUUCGGGCUCAACGCCACCGGCGCGCUGGACCCGUCCACCGUCUCGCAGAUGGUCGCGCCUCGCUGCGGCGUGGCCGACGUCAUCAACUCCACCAUGGCGAGGAGCUCCUCCGCCGACGCCCACGGCAGGCACCUGUACGCCUACUUCCCCGGGGGGCCGACGUGGCCGCCGUUCAGGCGGGACCUCAAGUACGCGAUCACCGCGACCUCGGCGGCCGCGUCCAUCGACCGGUCCACGUUGAGCGACGUCUUCGCGCGCGCCUUCUCCCGGUGGGCCGCCGCCACCAACCUGCGGUUCGCGGAGACCGCGUCGGAGUCCGACGCCGACAUCACCAUCGGCUUCUACUCGGGCUCGCACGGCGACGGCGAGCCGUUCGACGGGCCCCUGGGCACCCUCGCGCACGCCUUCUCGCCCACGGACGGCCGGUUCCACCUGGACGCCGCGGAGGCGUGGGUGGCCGGCAGCGACGUGUCACGCUCGUCGGCGACCGGGGCGGUGGACCUAGAGUCCGUGGCGGUGCACGAGAUCGGCCACCUACUGGGGCUCGGCCACUCCUCGGUGCCGGACGCCAUCAUGUACCCGACGAUCCGGACGGGGACGAGGAAGGUGGAGCUGGAGGCCGACGACGUCCAGGGGAUACAGAGCCUGUACGGGAGCAACCCCAAUUUCAAGGGCGCGACCCCGACUUCGCCGGCGACGAGCAGCCGCGAGAUGGACAGUAGCGCCGGCGCCGGAUGCCGACCAGAUAGAGUCUUCGUCGGAGUAGUUGCGGUUGCGGCAGUUGGCCUGCUCCUCCUAGUCCUCUAGUGCCGUAGACCUCUAGUGUUCGCCAUUUUUUUUUUUUUUUUGGCCACGUCCUUCCUUGUAUCGAUUUGUUGCUCGAUUAGCUGAUUCUUGGAUAUAUUCUUGUGUACAUAA